AAUGAUGCACGUGCAUUGAAUGGUCUUGCUGCAAACGUUCGUUAAACUGCGGAAUAAUGCUUGGUUUGAGUAUCGUAACGUUACUUUUCCAGGCUGAAAUACAUACUGAUUUGAUAUACAAAACGUGGGAGCGUUUACAGUCGUCGUAGGGAUAUGGUGGCACACCAGCAAAGUCAUUAUUCUUAGCAACUAACUUCUUACCACUAAUGUAGCAGUCAAAUCUUCGUAAUGACCGUUAUUUCGUCUCUCCUGAGUUCAUCUGCUCGUCUCCUUUCCCCGUCUGGGUUUCGGUUUUGGGAGUACGCCAUCUAACGAGUGACAUGGCUCACUGUGCCCUUCCAACGCUGUUACACAUCGGGCACUUCAAAGUCACCAUUUGAUCCUGUCUGCUAUACACUGGAGAGGUACAAGGAUUUACAGAAGUACUUCAACAAGAGACUGAGGACCCGAUACCACAGGUUAUCAGACUUACCUGAUCAUUCAGUGGUCCUUGGACACCACCAUGUGUAUUUUGUUGAAGGUGAUGGCAUCUACAGAAUGGAUAAAGGAAGUAAGCCAGAGCAGGUGCUGAAGCUAGGAAAAGUCCCUGAGCAGGAGGAGAAGACAAGACCUGAUUAUGAGAAGAAGAAGCAGAGGUGUCAGUGGACUGUCCAGAGAAUUCGUAUAUCCCCACAGGAAAAGCAUUUAGCUGCCACCCUGAAAGCUGAUCACAGAGAAUGGAUCAGGUGUGUAGUUGUGAGCCUUGGAAAGCAUAACUCCAUUCCUCUGAAUCCUCCACAUGUUGUGUUAACAAUAGACCAAGUCUUCACCUUUGAAUGGGCAUCAGACGAAAUCCUGUUUUACACUACUAUUGAGGGUCUUCGCUGCAGUAGAGUGUUUUGUCUGGACCUGACCUCUGAUAGAAACAGAAUAACUUCUGUAUAUGAGGAAAUGCAUCCUGAUGUGUUUGUGGAGGUUGCCCUUACUCAAGACCGUGAGAUCCUGAGCAUCAACUGCAACAGCAGGACCAGUUCAGAGGUCCUGCUAAUUGAUACAAGUACACCUCAUUUAGAGCCUAUUCUGGUCCAGCCACGCCAGCUGAACCUCCUGUACCAUGUGGAGCACUGGAGAAGGCAACUUAUUAUACUGGCUAACACAGGGCCUGGACAGGAAUAUCAGGUGAUGCAGGCCCCUCUUUCUGAACCAUCCAUGAACUCCUGGGUGCCUCUGUUUACCCCUGACCUUGGUACUGUUAUCAAAGACAUGGAUGUAGUAGGAGACCACUGUGUGUUGGCUGUACGAACAGCAGUCGGUGAAUUUGCACUAAUAGUAGUCCCACUGAACCAUCCCAAUGAGGCAUACACUGUACAGCUCCCCUCCUGGGCCUGUGUCAUCACAACUAAGAAACCCAGCAUGGCAGACAAACACGGUGUGUUUGAGUUCUUGAUUUCAUCUCCGGUCCGCCCCCCUGUGCCCUAUUGCCUACACCUAAAGGAUGGCCAACUAUUAUCUGCCACUAAGGAUGAAUCUCCCCCAGAGAACCAGGGCUAUUACACCACCACACGCUUGGAGGCCUGCAGUCAGGAUGGUUCCACAGUGCCAGUGACACUCUUACAUAUGAAAACUGUGCAGGACUUGAGACAGGCCCCACUACUGGUUCAUGUCUAUGGAGCUUACGGCAGAGAUCUCAACAUGGAGUUCUGCCCAGUACAAAGCCUGCUGCUUGAGCAAGGAUGGGCUCUGGUUUACUGCCACAUCAGAGGUGGAGGAGAGCAGGGUCUUUCCUGGCACAGACAAGCUUGUGUGGAGGGGAAAUGGAGAUCAGUGGAGGACCUAGAAGCCUGUCUCCUUCACCUUUUCGACUCAGGAGUCUCCUCUCCCUCACUCACUGCCCUCACAGCCUGCAGUGCUGGGGCUGUGCCAGUGGGAGCACUGUGCAACAGACACCCACACAUGAUGCAGGCUGUCACUCUGCAGGCUCCUUUCCUAGAUGUGUUGAGAACUAUGAUGGAGCCAAGUCUGCCUCUUACUUUGGAGGACAGAGAAGAAUGGGGGGACCCAGUAAGAAACCCAAAACACAGACUCAUCAUCUCCUCCUACUGUCCCCUGCACAACAUUACUCCUCAGUGCUAUCCGUCCAUUCUGCUGACAGCCUACAGAGAUGACGCCAGGGUUCCCCUGACAGGUGUCCUUAAAUACGCUGAGCGGGUAAAGAAUGCCAUUCAGACACACUUUGAGAUGAAGCAAAAUUCAGAAUGUGAACCAUUGCCAAAUAUAGCUGUUAAUAUUCAACCUGGAUCAAAUCACCUUGGACCAGAUGACUUUGCACGUGUGCUGAAGGAGGAGGCCUUAAAGCUAGCAUUUCUCUACACUGAACUUGGACUGGAGCCACCUCGGCUUCCACGCAGGAAGAAGAGAUAGUAAUCCAAUGGAAAGAUAGCAUAAUGGUGCCAAAUAGAAAAGAAGACAACAA